CCCAAAAGAGUUGACCCAACCAACCAUUUCUCUCUCUGCUAAAUCCCCUCGACCUUGGCCGUAGCCCAAGGCAGUGUUUCAGUCUCUCGUCAACUGCAAUGGAGACUCCAAUCAGAUCAAGGGAAACCCUAUCUCUCACACUGUUCUCUCUUCUAUUCUUCAUCUGCAAAUCCUCACCUCUACAUCAUCUCCUGAUCUCCAACGCCGAGCGUCGAAUUGACUUGAGCUCCCACAUUGUUAAAGUUUACUUGACUUUGAAGAUUGAGAAUGCUGGUAGUACGCCUGCUUCAGAAGUUCUUCUUGCUUUCCCACCCGCUCAAGUUGACCAUCUAGCAACAGUUGAAGCAUUAGCAACUAAAGGAAAGCGGAAGAAGACUACUUUAGUCCAUCUUGAAGUAAAACCGACAGAACUGCCUGAUGCACCUAAUGAUGCUAAAUAUUUUACUAUUUAUUUGGCCAGUCCCUUAAAUUCUGGAGAAAGCACAACACUAGAAGUAUUAUACAUGUUGACGCACUCGCUAGAACCUUUUCCAGCAGAGAUAGCCCAAUCAGAAUCUCAAUUAGUAUUUUAUCGUGAUAAUGCAUUAAUAUUGUUGCCGUAUCAUGUUAGGCAACAAACAACUUUUAUUAAGACACCAAGUAAUAAAGUGGAAUCAUUCACAAGGGUGGAACCCACAAACCGUGCUGGUACUGAAAUUAAGUAUGGGCCUUACGAGGAUCGUCCUCCAUACUCUUUUUCUCCAAUUCUUGUACAUUUUGAGAAUAAUAGCCCAUUUGCUGUUGUUGAGGAGCUUGUUCGUGAAGUUGAAAUAUCUCAUUGGGGCAACCUUCAGGUCACAGAACAGUACACAUUGGUUCAUGCUGGUGCCCGGCACAAAGGUGUAUUUUCAAGGGUUGAUUACCAAUCCAGGCCAUCUUUGAAUGGUGUGUCCUCAUUCCGAUACCUUCUGGCAAGACUACCACCUAGGGUUCAUUCUGUCUACUAUCGGGAUGAAAUAGGAAAUAUCUCGUCAUCACACCUGCGUACAGAUUCUCGUAAGUCAGAGCUGGAAAUUGAACCACGAUAUCCUUUAUUUGGAGGUUGGAAAGCAACUUUUGUCAUUGGUUAUGGGCUACCAUUACAAGACUUUCUUUUUGAGUCAUCCAAUGACAAGCGAUACCUCAACUUUACCUUUGGAUGCCCCCUUCUUGAGACAGUGGUUGACAAGUUAACCUUCAAAGUUGUGCUACCCGAGGGAUCAAAAGACCCUUCAGCUGUGGUUCCCUUUCCUGUCGAGCAGCAUCUUGAGACCAAAUAUUCUUACCUUGAUGUUGUGGGGAGAACUGUGGUGGUCUUGGAAAAGAAAAAUGUUGUUCCCGUGCACAACACUCAUUUUCAGGUUUACUACACCUUCAAGCCUAUCUUCAUGCUUGCAGAGCCUAUGAUGUUGGCAUCCGCAUUCUUCUUGUUUUUCGUGGCUUGUGUCGCUUACCUACACAUCGAUCUUUCCAUACGUAAGUGAAACAUGGCGUUAUUCACAAUGGAAAAUUAGCGAUCUGUCACUUGACAGGUUCCAAUGAUGCCACUUUAUCUUGAUUAGAACAUACACCAAUUCUGGAGCUAGGACAUUGUUAGUAACUAUUUUGUGUACUAAAUUUCUGAAAUUUUCGCUGAUGAUAAUAGAUUGCAGUUAGAAAUUUUGUUGUUAAAGCUCUUGUUUCAGAAUGGAAUUGUUUCAAGUUUCAACAGUGAGCUACCUGCUCAAUUUUUCUGACAUUUUGGUUUCCC